AUGAGGGGUGAGAGCGAUAAUAGACCACACCACAGUGCGCGUGCAGCAGUGCUUGCUUGUUACUAGUGAGUUGAGUACUUAAAACUUAAAAGCCUUUUUCCCAAAGAGAGUUUUGAAAUGGAGCAUGAAAAUUUCUGUGACUGGAUUGGAUUGGUGGAGUGAUCUUUUGUUUUCUACACAUUGAGAGAUUUCGUUUGGUUUUUAUGUGAUUUCAAUAAGCCAAAUUUGGAAGAUGAAUACUAGAGUAAGGACGACUAGGCUACAAAAGCCAGGGAAAACUCCAUUGAAGAGUGAAAACAAGAAGCCAGAGAUGCAAGAGACCAAGCUUAGAGAUACCCUGAAAGCAUCCAUUAAUGGCCGAGCUUCCAGAAGAGAGAGAAAGUUUGCAUUACAACAAGAUGUCGAUAAACUGAAGAAGAAACUUCGGCACGAGGAGAAUGUUCACCGAGCUCUUGAAAGGGCUUUCAAUAGGCCAUUGGGUGCUCUACCUCGUCUUCCUCCUUAUCUCCCUCCUAACACACUAGAACUUCUUGCCGAAGUGGCUGUGUUGGAAGAGGAGGUGGUUCGGCUCGAAAAACAGAUUGUCCAUUUCAGGCAAGAUCUAUACCAAGAAGCUGUGUACAUUUCUUCCUCCAAGAGAAACAUGGAGAAUUCUACUGAGCUUUAUGAUUCUAUGAUGGUUAAAAGUCCUACGCUAGAGCUUCCCAAGUGUCUAGCUCUUAACAUGGCGACGCGGACAAAGCAUUUUCGAUCACAUUCUGAUGAUAGGCAGGGGAAGGAGAACCAAUCUAGCAUCAAUUCGAAGAGAAACAAAAAUGGACCGUUGAUCCACAAAACCCCUCCAACGGUUAAAAUAUCACCGAAGAGGCCGCCAACUAAUCCGAAAUCACCAGAGAAGAGUUCAGAUAUACACAAGUUGCAUUUAGAAUCCAGAGUAAGGGAUCUUGAAAAUGCCGAAGCAAGAUCUUGUACUUCUGUUCCAGAACAUAAGCCUUCAGAAGAUGAUGGCCCAAACAAAAUUUCCGAAAAUAUAUUGAAGUGCUUGUCCAGCAUUUUCUUAAGAAUGAGUUCGGUUAAGAAUCGCGGUAGUGCAGAAUGCUUACCAACAUUCUCCAAUCUAGGUAACCAAGAAAGCAAUGAUAAAACAGAAUUUGGAGAUCCAUAUGGCAUCUGUUCAGAGUUUGGAAAGAGGGACAUUGGUAAAUACAAGCAGUUGUUCUCUAUUGAAGCUUGCUCAAUCAGUCUAAAUCGGACAGCAAACUCUUUGUUCCUGCUACGAAGAUUAAAGCUCCUCUUUGGGAAACUUACUUCUCUCAAGUUACAGAACCUCACACAUCAGGAAAAGCUUGCUUUCUGGAUCAAUAUCUAUAAUUCUUGCAUGAUGAAUGCAUUCCUAGAGCAUGGGAUACCAGAGAACCCUGAAAUGGUUGUUGCCCUGAUGCAAAAGGCAACAGUAAAUGUGGGGGGACACCUGUUAAAUGCAAUAACUAUAGAACAUUUUAUCUUGAGAUUGCCUUACCACUCGAAAUAUGCAUUUUCCAAGGGUACCAAAAUUGAUGAGAAAACAGCCAGAAGCAUAUUUGGACUGGAGUUAUCUGAACCAUUGGUGACUUUUGCAUUGUCCUGCGGAAGCUGGUCCUCUCCUGCUGUGAGAGUAUACACUGCAGCUCAUGUUGAGAAUGAACUGGUAGUAGCAAAGAGGGAGUACUUACAAGCUGCAGUGGGAAUCUCAUCAGACGAGUUUGCAAUCCCAAAGCUAUUAGAUUGGUAUUUGCUUGACUUUGCAAAGGACUUAGAGUCACUUCUUGAUUGGAUUUGUCUUCAGCUACCUAGUGAACUUGGUAAAGAAGCUCUCAAGUGUCUAGAGAAAGGAAAAAACCAGACUCUUUCUCAGUUUGUCCAGAUUAUGCCCUAUGAGUUUAGUUUUAGGUACCUUCUAUACGCAUAGCUUAUAUCGUGAUUCAUUCAAAAUUUUGGUUUAUAUGGUUAUAAAAGAGUAAUGGGGGUGGCGUUACAGUUUUACUAUUGUACAAAUCAAUAAAAUCUUGAAAUUAAAUAUACAUUGAUAAUCUGUUCUCCAUUGUAAGUAUUGUAAUUACUAUAAUAUUUGUGUAUAAUUAGCUCUACAUAUUGUUUUGAUUUA